UCUUGCUUACAUUUUGGCCUGCUUAAUUCUUUAUGUAGUCUUGAGGUACGAAAAAAAUGUUCUCUUUCGCCUGCCUUCCUUCAAUUCCCUUCGUCAUGCCUCUCAAUGCCCGAACCAGCCUCUACCAGCCUUCGUUCCUGAUCCGUAAGAGUCCGUAAGAUCUGAGAUGCUUGCUUUGACGUAGGCAAAAUGACAGCUGUCGAGUCGUCUCAACGACGCCGGACGGUGAAGCAAUUACCGCAUUCAACGUUGGUCUUCGCCUACACUGACAAGUUUCUUUGUCAAUUAAUGCAAGAUGUCUGGAUCCUCGUAUCUCCUUGAAAAGCCCAGGCGAAAUCCACCGACUCCUCUACGCUUUGAACAUCCUUCCUAUCACUCAAGGACUGGCCUCAGUAAUCAGUCAUCACCAACUUUCCUUUAUGACCUUCCCUCUGCAACCUCCGUAUCACCUCCUACUAGCCCAACCUCAGUCAAUCGGCUAGAAAGUCCGCCGACAUCUCCCGGAAGAAUCAGACCACACCGCAGUGGCAGGCCAACGCCACCUCCAGGUGGACGAAACCGUUCAGUAACUCCUAUGGGUGUUGCCACUAGCGAUUUAGAAAAGUUCUCGGCCCACUGCCGCAACUGGUAUUUCAAACAAGAUGAAGAAGCAGGUCGGCUCAUGACUCAAACUAUGGCAAAUUUGCCACCUGCUCAGCGCGCUCCCUACUCCCGUCUUCAAGCCUCUAUACGAUCUGCUUACCAUCGUUCUGUGAAUGCGCGAAGAAACGCAGAAUUUAGAGCCCAUCUCAGUGCAACACAUCCCGGUGCAUCCCUGACUCCCCAUGCCAGAGCUAAUCCUCGCGGAUCAGAUGCUCAGAAAGAGAGAUAUCAAUCUUUCGAACGUUUCGUGCGGAGCUGGUGUUCCAUGGGAAUGCCAGGCCCUCAACCAUUCUUUCAGGCGUUGUGGGCGGUUAUGCGUCUACAGACAGUGCCAGGAAAUACUGGCGGUGCAGGAAGGCACCGAAUUGAAUGGGAGUUUGACGAUGCUGUUUUGAAAGAGGCAGCAGGAAAAGAUUUCAUGCUUGAAGCUAUCGACAUUCUCAAAGGGGUCCUUGCAUUUGAAGAAGCACCCUCUUUCCGAACGUCAACACCACCUAGCGGCGAGGAGAGUGAUGAUGCAACAAUCACACAUUCACGCUCCCAAUCUUCACCAUUCUUUCCUGGACGAAAGGACUACGAUAAUAUAGUGCCGAAGCGUGCUCGAGCUCCGAGUGAUCCAUUUCUGGAUACACAUAUGCUUUCACGUUCCGUUGGAUGUUCUUCAUCGAAUAUGACCUCCUUAUUGGUAUCAAAUAACUCUGAGGAACCUCUGGUUGCCGGGUCGGCCCUCAAUGAAGAUGUCACUCCGAUAAUUGAAACCCUUGGCGAUGAUUCUGAAGAAGAGUACAUGCGGACAUGGACCUCUUCUGAUCUCACCAAUCCCGAAUAUCUCAAUCUUGUCAAAGUUUUUCCUUCCCACAUCACUAGACGAACUCUCCCUUAUUUUUCGAUUCCAUCUCCAAAAAAACCAUCGGAUCUUGAGGCGGGUCUUGACGACGCUGCUGAGGGUAAGCAAGUUCGCUUUGGUACAGGUACUCUGCGGGUCAGUUCCAUGCAGCGGACCGAUGGUUGGGAAGGUGGUUGGUGGACUAGAUUUGUUCUCUGGUGGCGACAGUUAUUCCGUUAAUCUUACGUGACCAAUUUUCUUGCUUCACUGCUCGACGUUCAGUGAUCAUGUUGUAUUUUGCAUUCUUUAUAUCCUGGGACCGCUAGGUAGUUGAUAUACCUAUCUGACCUCUGCAGACAUUUACUGGACUUAUUUUCUAGCGUUAUAUCUAUGGCUUCAGACUGCAACAGAGUACACCGGACUACCAGUGUACCGCACGCUUUUGAUUAUCAACCACCAAACAUUUUACUCAUGUACCCUGACGAUGGAUGUCAAUCCGAGGAAGAAUGUGUAUGGCGUCAGUAUGUUUAGACAUUACAGGGCAUUCCGCGUUGCUUAUUCUCUCAGGCUCCGAGGCACAAUCGUUGCUAACAAUGUUUAAACAGCAAGUAGUAUACCACAGAAAGGGACUGUAAUCGACGGAGAGCCGUCCAGCUCCGUG